AUGGCGCACAUGUGCAGACAGGUCGGCGGUAGCGUGGCGAGCUGCGCCGGCUGGGUCGGCCUCAUCGUCGCCACGGCCACCAACGAUUGGGUGCGCACGUGCGACUACACCGUCGUUACGUGCAUGCGCAUGGACGAGCUGGGCUCGCGGGGUCUCUGGGCGGAGUGCGUCAUCUCCCCCGCGCUCUACCACUGCGUCGCCCUCAACCAGAUCCUCACCUUACCAGCUUACAUCCAGACGUCCCGCGCACUGAUGAUCUGCUCGUGCCUGCUGGGCCUCCCCGCCAUGCUGCUGGUCCUCAUGUCCAUGCCCUGCGUCAGACUGCUCAACGACACGUCUGCCAGCAAACAGCGCCGCGGUCUGGUGGGCGGAGUCCUCAUGCUGCUGAUGGCCGUGUGCGGCGUCGUGUCGACCGUCUGGUUUCCCGUCGGCGCGCACCACCACGAGGGUCUGAUGUCGUUCGGCUUCUCGCUGUACGCCGGCUGGGUGGGCUCCGCCCUCUGCCUGCUGGGCGGCUCCGCCCUCCUCUGCUGCCGCGGCGCCGAUCCCAACACACCGAGGAGGGAGAACAGCUUCUACUACUCCCGGCGGGGCGGGGCGGCCGCGCCCCUCGACCCGCCGGCCAACCACGCCAAGAGCGCACACGUGUGA